AGUGUCGGCCCGGCUGAACUGCACGCGUCGCCUCGCUGCUUGGCGACGGUCUUCAGGUUGGAACCAGUCCAGCGGCCCACGUUGUUUAAAAACCAAGCUGUGCCGGACGUGCGUCUGUUUGUCGUCGAUUUCACCGUGUUUGAGGGAGGUACAGCUGGAUCUCGGCGUCGGACCGAAACGUAUCCUCUUCCUCGCCCGACCGUCUUCACGCGAUGCCGAACCGAACUCCCCGCAAGUCCGGACCGACCGUCUCGCUUUCGGUCGACUCCGAAGGGCGGCACGUUUCGCGAAAGUGUGUUUUGCGGCGCAGCUCAAGCAACGCGCUUGUUUUCCGCAGCUGUCAAGAGCGAGGCCGGGCAAGGACCAGGCCCCGGACCGCUGCCCCAAGAUGGAAGGCGGCAUGCAGCUCCUCAACCGCGAUGGCCACAGCAUAUCGCACAAUUCCAAGCGCCACUACCACGACUCCUUCGUGUCCAUGAGCCGGAUGCGCCAGCGCGGGUUGCUGUGCGACAUCGUGCUGCACGUGGCCAGCAAGGAGAUCAAGGCGCACAAGGUGGUGUUGGCCUCCUGCAGCCCCUACUUCCACGCCAUGUUCACAAAUGAGAUGUCGGAGAGCCGCCAAACCCACGUGACCCUCCACGACAUCGACCCGCAGGCCCUGGAACAGCUGGUGCAAUACGCUUACACUGCGGAAAUCGUGGUGGGGGAGGGCAACGUGCAGACUCUCCUUCCGGCCGCAAGCCUCCUUCAGCUCAAUGGUGUGCGGGACGCCUGUUGCAAGUUCCUGCUAAGCCAACUGGACCCCUCCAAUUGCCUAGGCAUCCGCGGCUUCGCCGACACGCACUCCUGCAGCGACCUGCUGAAGUCGGCGCACAAGUACGUGCUGCAGCACUUCGUGGAGGUGUCCAAGACCGAGGAGUUCAUGCUGCUGCCACUGAAACAGGUGCUGGACCUGAUCUCCAGCGACAACCUCAACGUGCCAUCGGAGGAGGAAGUGUACAGGGCGGUGCUAAGCUGGGUCAAGCACGACAUCGACGGCCGGCGGCAGCACGUUCCCAGGCUCAUGAAGUGUGUGCGGCUGCCCCUGCUGACGCGCGACUUCCUGAUGAGCAGCGUGGACACGGAGCUGCUGGUGCGCCACCACUCCGAGUGCAAGGAUUUGCUCAUCGAAGCGCUCAAGUACCACCUGAUGCCCGAGCAGCGAGGGGUCCUGAGCAACAGCCGCACGCGCCCGCGCCGCUGCGAGGGGGCCAGCCCCGUGCUCUUUGCCGUCGGGGGGGGCAGCCUGUUCGCUAUCCACGGAGACUGCGAGGCCUACGACACGCGCACGGAUCGCUGGCAUAUGGUGGCUUCCAUGUCCACGCGGCGGGCACGGGUGGGCGUGGCCGCCAUAGGAAAUAAACUGUACGCGGUCGGUGGUUAUGACGGCACGUCAGACCUGGCCACGGUGGAGUCCUACGACCCCGUGAGCAACGCGUGGCAGCCGGAGGUCUCCAUGGGGACGCGGCGCAGCUGCCUGGGCGUGGCCGUUCUGCACAGCUUGCUCUACGCUGUGGGAGGGUAUGAUGGGGCUUCGUGUUUAAACAGCGCAGAGCGGUUCGACCCCUUGACCGGCACGUGGACCUCUGUGGCGGCCAUGAGCACCAGGAGGAGAUACGUUCGAGUGGCCACCCUGGAUGGCAACCUCUAUGCAGUGGGUGGAUAUGACAGCUCCUCGCACUUAGCGACAGUAGAAAAGUAUGACCCACAGAGCAACACUUGGACAGCCAUCGCCAACAUGUUGAGCCGCCGGAGCAGCGCCGGCGUGGCCGUCCUCGAGGGCAUGCUCUACGUUGCCGGCGGUAACGAUGGAACCAGCUGCCUCAACUCGGUGGAGAGGUACAACCCGAAAACCAACACCUGGGAAGGCGUGGCUCCCAUGAACAUCCGAAGGAGCACCCACGACCUCGUGGCCAUGGACGGCUGGCUCUACGCUGUCGGCGGCAACGACGGCAGUUCCAGCCUCAACUCCAUCGAGAAGUACAACCCGCGCAGCAACAAGUGGGUGGCGGCCUCCUGCAUGUUCACGCGGCGCAGCAGUGUGGGCGUGGCCGUGCUCGAGCUGCUCAACUUCCCCCCGCCCUCCUCGCCCACCCUCUCCGUCUCCUCCACCAGCCUUUGACAAAGACUCCGCCCCCAGCAGGCCUCCACCGGGCCCUGCUGCUGGUCCAAGCGGCGGAACUGCUCCGUCUGACCCGCGGGGGACGACCGAGCGACAGGGAGGAGCAGGAGGAGCGGGAGAGCUGGAGGAAGAGGAGAGAGAGCGCGAGGAGGAGGCAGGCGCCCUUUCGGCUUGCGGCCUCGGCUCCCUGAGAACUCUGUUCCUGCUCCUGUGGAAGGACACCGUAGCAUUUGUCACCGGCCGAGAUGGUGACGGAAGACGUUUUCCUCUGGCCCUCUUGCCGUAACCCUUCCCAGCUCCCCGCCAGCCCCGGCGAUGGAUUCCCACACUCGUUCCGCGUGACAUCAUUUACAUGUACUAUAGCCCUGUGUUCUCCGUUUGGUUCGUGAGUUUUUUUUUAAGGUCAUUUGUCUACUAUUAUACAAGCAAAUGAAUGACUCUCCUGUAGGAAUGUAGCUAUUGACUCGUUUCCACCGUGCAUGUCCGCUGACGUUUUUUUUUCCCUCUUUUUUUUUUUUUUUCCCCCGCACUCCUAAGCUGCAGUGCCGUUACGCCACAGCAGGUGACGGCAAUGCUCAGAUCCGUGACGUUUUAUCGUGGCGGAGAAAAAGGCCGAAGGCGUGGGGAUGGAGACGAGGCGGUUUUUGAAGACGUGAAAAAAAAAAAAAAA